AUGGCCCACGCCCGAAUCUCCAUGCACCUGCCCCCCGACAUCAACCCCACCCAGGCUGCCAUCGCUUACGGCUGCCGAGCCUUGCCCAAGCUGAACGAAGAGCUGCAGUCGGAGGACUUGCGCACGAAGCAGAAAGCCCUCAUGGCGCUGUGUGACCUCAUGCACGACCCGGAACACGUCUAUGAGGCCAUCAAGAUAGGCUGCCUGGAGAGCCUGAAGGCUUUGCUGAAGGAUGGCGACCACGUGGCGCGGAUCAAGGCCACCGAGGCCCUCUACAUCAUGGCCGCACACAACGUGGGCAGGUGGGGCUUUCUAGAGCAUGAUGUCAUCCUGGCCCUGUCCUUCCUGCUGAACGACCCCCAGGCACUCUGUAGGCACAACCUCCACUUGGCCUUCAAGCACCUGGCCCAGCUGCCCACAGGCGCCAAGGGCAUCGUGAGCAGCGGCCUGAUCCCCUCGCUGGUGUGGAAGCUGCUGCCGGAGGAGGAGGGGAUCCAGGAGCUCAUCCUGGACACGCUGGCCCUCUGCCUGCAGGAGGAGGCCUCCGAGGCCCUGGACAGCCGCAUGGUGCCCUUCCUCAAGGAGGCACUCCUGAGCCCCAAUGACAGGAUCCGAAGCAAGGCCGCGCAAGCCCUCAUGGCUGUCUGUGUCCCUCUGGAGGGGAAGAACCAGGUGUGGCAGUAUGACGUCAUCCCCAUCUUGGUGCACCUGCUGAAGGACAACACGGAGGAGGUGCAGGCCAAUGCUGCUGGGGCCCUUAUGUACGCGACCGUGACCACCGAAGGGAAGUACGCGGCCCUGGACGCGGAGGCAGCACCCCCACUGCUGGACCUGCUGUGUUCUUCCACGAGCAAGGUGCGCCUCAAUGCCAUCAAAGCACUCACCAUGCUGGCCGAGGCCCCCGAGGGCCGCCGCUACCUGCAGGCCCACGUGCCCACCUUCCGCGUUAGUGAGAAGGACGAAAGCCCGGCUGUGCGGCGCGCAGCCCACAUCGCCAUCAAGGUCAUUGAGUGGAAGCCCUGA